CUCUCUGCAGAUCCCGUUGCAGGAGCUGCUGGGAUGGCCUUUCGGAGCGUGGAGAUCCAACUCACCAACAGCACGAGGGAUGUGACCCUGAGCUCCCCCAGGGCCUACUGCUUCAGUGGCUACAACUCCGUGCCCCCCAGCCCCAUCAUCCCACCGGGAGCCACGGAAUGCUGCACCUUCAACAACUCCCCACACCGUUUCCGGGGCAGCGUGGGUGUCCUGGUGUACGAGGCAGAAACCUUCACCCUGGCCAUCCUCUUCUCCAACCCUUACAACUACAGCUUUUACUACAUGGAGUUUGCCGUGGAGAUCUCCCCAGAAAAAGCCCACCUUGGCUUGCUGGAGGAUGUCUAUAUGAGGAUGUACAGAGGUUUACCAGCAAAUCCCAGAAACAGUGGCAUGCUCCGGAAUGUCAAGCUCCAUGCAACCCAGGAGACCAUGAUGGUCUCUGCUGGCGGCACAAAGGUCAUGGCCACCAUGUCCAGUGCUGCAAAGUCCGUCAUUAAAGUAGUUGUGGAGAACAAGGAUAGUCCCCCCCCAUAUACAGAGGCAGUACCACACUUUCGCUUUACGCACCAUGAGCCAAGGAAAUUUAGAAAAUUCCAGAAGAAGGAAGGAAUGAAUGAUCCCUUCUUCCAGUAGGUGCUAAGCAGAGCGUGCUGCCCUCAAAAAAAAAUGCUGAAGUAGAGCAGCAGUGCACAGAUGUUACUUCUAUUUUGUUUUGUUUUGCUUUCCUUCUUCUCUUUCUGUUCUUCCUUGCGGCUGGAAAAGGCAAUGGCAGCUGAGCCAGCAAAUCAUGACAAUAAAAAAGCAUUGCAGAUAACAAUAACAGAAAA